UGUCUUUGCUGUUACGAAAGAGUGAGAGACGUGUAGCUAGCUAGCAUGUUACCAGCAUGUCCUCCAUUUAUCAAAUACAUUACUAGGUUUACAAUUGAAUGCUAUGUCAGAAUUGUUAAACACAUUUUUCAAGCUUUGUACAGUAGCUAGUUAGAUGUAAAUACAUCGACAGUAACCUGGCAGUAAUAGGAGUUAAAACAAGGGGUUGAAAGAACGUUGCAUUUGCCCUUAAGUAGUAUUUCUCGCUACUAGGCAUUGGCAGCUAGCUACAUUUGGUCAAUUUGCUAUCUACGAUAUAUUCUAUUCCUGGAAGAUAGAUAUCUCAAUGAUAUCCCAACUGAACUGGUAAUAUCUUUAUUCGACUAGCUACCUUAUUCGAUUCACAGCUUUCAAGGUAAGUGUAAACCGAAAACGGAUCAUCCCCAUGAGUUUGCAGGAUGGAGAGGGACUGGUAUUGUUGGAGUGGUAAGCCCUUAACUCAGAAUGCACUCUGAUCUGUCGCCUCACCUGCACACGGAUGAGUGCAACAUACUGAUAAACCUGCUGAAGCAGUGUCACACGGAGCACAAUGUCAAGAAGUUCUUUGGUCAUUGCAAUGAUAUGGACCGUGCCAUGAGAGCUUGUUUGAAGGACGAGCGAAUUGCAAAGAGGGAGAAAAGCAAACAGCAUGCUAAAGAGAUGAGACAGAGGCUGAAAGACGGCCCUAAGGAAGACUUCUGAAUGGCAGUAGACUGAGCCGAUGCUCUAGGAAGGGCCACAGGAACUGGGUAUUGGAGGACUUAUUCCUGGGGCCUACCAUGAGAAGCCUACCUUACUGCCUGGACAUCUGGCCACAAGAGGUCUCUCAUAAUGUCGGUUUCAGUACGUGUGUUGAAUAGUGUUGGGUGGAUUGUCAUAGACAGUGGUGGAUGAUCAUUUCGCUACUCAGGGAUCAGAGCUCUACACUGUUUCGAGGACUGCUACCCAACCCCCUGAAGUCAUGUUUGAUUGCAUAUUUAAAGUACUUAACAAAAGAGUUGUUUUAAAUUGUCUGCGUUUCUGACUGGGGAAUGGCAAUGAUGAUUGAACACUGGAUUUCUAUUGAAUAAAGUGUAUCAAAACACA